UUAAGCUUAGCUCUCUCUAGUCACAAACUUGCACGGGAAGAGCUGCGAGCUUUUUCGUGAAAAUUUAAGGGGUGACGAAAAAGUUAAGGCUUUGUGUGGGGGAAUACAAGCUUCAAAGUGAUUCAAAACUCUUGGUCGAGAAAAGGAAAAAAAGUUGGCUCAAUUCGUGGAAAAAACACAAAAGUGCAGAACAAAUUAACAGGUUGUGAUUUUUUUCGUGCUGGCGAAACUUGUUUCGCAAAGAAAUGUAGUGAAAAAUUAAGGAAAAGCUCAAGAAUAAAAAGGGCGGAAGAAAAGUGCACGGAAAGUAAAACCCUUGUUGGGAAACUCUUUUUUUUUCUGCGGGGAAAGAGAGCAGACAAACACACACAAGUGGAAAACUCUUAAUCAGAAAGUAAUUUGCGCUGCCGGCGUUCAUCCUUUGCGGGAGAGAGAGAAAGAGAAGUGUGGACGGUUUAUCCCGUGUGCUGAAAAGCUGGUGAAAAGUGGAAAUUAAAUUUUUCCUCCAAGCAAGAAGAAAAUCAAAUAGAAGAACGCCUUUAUUCGGUGAAACGGAAGGAAAAGUCGAAAGCAGCUCCAGUUUUUUUUAGUUCGAGGAAAAGAAGGAGUCCGGAAACCGGCAGAAAUCCGGUGAAGAGAAGCUAGUUUUUUUUUCUUGGAGAAGAAAUCCCUUUUUGGGAAAGUACUUGAGGAUCCUACAAAAAUGCUGCCGCUGCUGUUCUUUGUUUUGCUGACAGCGUCCGCCGUCCUAGGUGGCCCCGACAAGAGCAGUCACACGUCGAUGGUGAAGACCCUGCGGUCCGACGGCGGGCUGGCCGGCAAGGUCCUCGCGUUCAACGCCACCGCAGCGGGCUCCCGCAAGCCGAAGCGCUCCAACGGCGAGAUCCCGCUGCUGAUCAUCCGACCGAUCGACAGCAAGAAGAAGAAGAAGGUCUUCAAGGAUCCCGGCGUGAAGAUCAUGUCCGGGGGCGUGGCCUCGUAUGGGAACUACCCGGAAAUCCAUACGAGCGAUGGCGAAAUCUUCUCGCUAGAGCACAUGUUGCCAAUCCUCGGCCUGGAGGGGAUGGUCUUCAAGGGCAUGCCCAAGUACCCGCACUUGUCGAACCAUUUCAUUCCGUCCCCACAGUUCAAGCCGUCGGAGUUCCACCAGUUCCUGACGUCUUCUCCGGGUAAGGGCAAGGAAGAACUGCUGCAUCCGACGCUUUCGCUGGGUCCCUCCUCGUCGGGGGUGUCUUACAAGCCUACGGAGUCCGGAGCUCCGGCCCAGUCCCUUCCGUCGCCACCACCGCCAAACUUUGCGCCGGCCAUCAAUACCGAAGAUCAGCUGCUGAAGCUGGGUCAGCAGGCUAUUAGCAAGCUGGAGACGCCCGGAUCGACGGCAUCGCUGGUCCAGGAAAAGCCGGCCUUUGUGAAGCCGGACCAACUACCAAGCAAGUUCAAUUUUCACAAAAUGCCAUUAGAACACACCCAAAUUGUUAAAGCUAUCCCACUCAACCACGCAGGCUUCGGUUCGUCGAGCUUCUUCGGUGGUCACAAUGACAUUUUCAAGCAUCAAAAGCCAAGCUUUGGUCCUGCUCCCUCCUCCCAACAAACCUUUUACAAGAAACCCCAAAUGGUCAGUCCGUUGUCAAUUUCGACCAACUUUUACUACCCAAAGAAUGUUGCCACUGAAGAGCAGCAACAGCAUCAGUACUACAAACAUCAAUCCCAACAUCAGUCCCAAGCUCCCCAAACCUACUCCCACCAAGCCCCGGCUCCGACUCCGGUGACUCACGUCAACUACUACUUCCCCAAGGAGAUCGAAGCCUCUCCCCAACCUCAGCCCCAAACCUCGGCCCACCAAUAUCCGGCACCCCCAUCCAUUCAGCAUCCCUCAAUCCCGGUGAACACAGUUCAAAAUGGCGAACAUGUUGACUUUGUUGUUCCCAAGCAACCCUCCCACGAAUCCCAGAGCAAUCCCUCGGACAAGCAGCCCUUCACGGCGUUCAAGAACCAGUACAAGCAAACCUUCCAAAAGUACCAGGCCCUGCCCCAGCAGCAGCUCCAACAGCCCAACUUUUACGCUCACAAGCAGCAACCCCAGUUCGAGUACUCCAACUCCAAGCCCAACAGCUAUGAAAACGGUCCCGUCACCUACGAGUACCACGGUCCCUCCUCCUACCACAACCGGUCCAAGGUCGAAACGCAACACCUGCCGGAACCCCUCCCCUACUCCGCUCCCCAGUACCUGCCCCUGCCCCAGGCCCAACCCCUCCAACAACCCGCUCCCGCCCUAACCCUGCACCAGACCCACCCUCACCAGCACCAAAGCCAGCAGCAGCAGCAACCCAGUCCCCAGUCCCAGUCCUUCCAGUCGUCCUCCCACCAAAGCAGCAACGGUGCCCACUGGAAGCUGGCCCGGCGAAACCACGACCACAUCAAGCCCGUCGUCGAGCCGGCGGUUGACUCCGAGGCGGACAGCUCCCACGCGCCAACCAGCCCGGUCCAGUCGGUGGUCGUCAAGUCGUCGAAGCCCGUCGAAAAGUCCACCACCGAGGUGAAGGUCGAGGUCAAGCACCCGGUGUCCGUCGUCGCCCAGUCCAGGUCGGAUGAUAAACAGCAGCAGGGAGCAAGACAGGAGCAGAAGCAGCAGCAGGAUAACGGAAGCAGUUCAGGGACAUCGGCGACAACGAGAAAGCCACGGCAGUGACGAUUUCGAAGAAAACUAACGGCCAGCGACGCUGCCGGUGUGAUGCUGUACGAGAGAGAGAAAGAGGUCAGAUAACAUGAUGAGAGAGAGAAAACUGCAGCCACCUGUUGAUAACAACGUCGAACGAUGGAGGAAAACCCCCCAAAAACAUCGCACGAACGGAAAGCUUUCCGGAAUGUUUGGAGCUUUUUACGUAAUUGACGCGGUUGCUGUCGUUGAACUUUUUUGAGGCGCAUUUGUACCAGAAGCUUGCUGAUUUGUUGUUAAAUUAUAAUUAUACUGCUAAUGUUGAAUUGUUUGGGUGAGCAUGAUUGUGUGCAGAAGAAUGAAAGAGAAUUAGUUUGAGUUAUAAUAAUUUGUUGAAAUGUUACCUAACCAGAAUUGUUAAAGUUUGAUUUCAUGGUUCUUUCUCCCUGUCUAAGCCUUCCAUAGAUUUCAAGCCUAGCAAAUAAUCGUAAACCCUACUGAUAGUGAAUAAUUUAUUGACUCUGCUUAAGAUUGAUUGAUUUCCAAUCGAUGCUUGCAGAAACUGCUCCCUGAUGAGCAAAAAACCUUCUUCUAGAUUGUAGACCACCUUUGGAUAACAAACAAAAAAUAUCGAAAAUAAAGAGAUGAAAAUAAAAGUGAACAAAAGCGAAAUAAGUUGUAGUUUCAUUGCAAAUAAUUGCUUCUCCACCUGGGGGGAAAUCAUCGAACUCUCGGUUGAAUUCAUUGAUCGGCGGUUGAACUAUGUGCGGUGUACGUGCAUUUCUGUUUACCCAUCAACAAUCAUCAUCAUCAUCUUCAGCGCUAGAAGAUACUGGAAG